CUUAAGGAUCACAAGCGACCCGGCAAGAUAUCAAGCGCGAAGGCUACUUCGCUCAUUUCCUUCAACUGCAAGCUCCUGUCCGUAAAUUGCCACGACCAUGACACCCGCGUUACCAUACGCCGCAGAUGCGGAAGCACCAUUGAAGCCCGCAGAGCUGAACGUUUUGCGCGCGCAGUACGAGAAGGAGGGCGAAUAUGUGGGCAUCCAAACAAAGUUCAACUACGCGUGGGGUUUGAUAAAAUCCAACGCCCGCAACGAACAACAACUCGGCAUUCAGCUGCUUAGCGAGAUUUUCAGAUCUUCUCCGGAUCGCAGGAGAGAAUGCCUGUAUUACCUUGCGCUAGGCAACUAUAAGCUUGGAAACUAUGCUGAAGCAAGGAGAUAUAACGAUCUAUUGCUUGAUCUGGAGCCAAGUAACUUACAGGCAGCAAGCCUGAGAGGACUGAUUGAGGAAAAGGUGCAAAGAGAGGGUUUGGUUGGAGUAGCGAUUGUUGGUGGGUUGGCGGUGGCAGCAGGCGUGGUGGGAAGCUUGCUCUUCAAGAGUGCAAGAAGGAGAUAAGAAUCAAAUUUCUCAUGGUAAGAAAAUAGUAAUACACUGUGCUAUAAGAUAUGGAUAAGAAACAGCGAGUCGAGAGUAAUUUUAGCGAGUGAGCGACAGUGCUCCAUGAGCGGGUUUUCCUGGAAUUUUGUGGUGACUAUCAGACAACAUGCGGAUAUAUCCAUCUUUCUUUGUUUGGUUGCAAAAUCUUUCGAAUUCUCGGAUCCUUGCUGGAACACAGUGGUAUCUGAGUUUGGCCCUGCCUUUGAGGGUCAUGUUACUCUCUCGCCAACCAUGCAUAGCGCAAGAAGGCAUCGUUGCAAUUUUAUGACACAGUUCGUGUAGUGCUUUUCCGAUAGCAUAGUUUAUCUUCUG